AUGGAGACCCCCCUGAGCAAGUCCAGCCUCGCGACCCUCGUCGCCGAGCCGCGCCCCUCGCUCGUGCCCCCGCGCUGGGCGGACACGGUGCGCGCCGUCACCGUCGCCGAGAGCAAGCAGGCCGGCCUGUCGCUGGCGCACUCGUUCGCGUCCGACGCGUCGAGCCGCUACCUCCUCGACGUCGACGACAUGGCGGCCCGCUCGGCCGAGCACAAGUGGAAGCUCCACGUCGACAUGAUGACGUACACCACGACGGCGCACGCCCUCGACGGCCUCGUCACGACCAUUGGGCCGGACCACGACGCCGUCGCACUGUGGGUCCCGCCCGGCAAGGACACGGACGGCUGGCUCAACCUCUUCCGCUCGGGCCUCUGGCGGCUCGCCUACCGGCUGACGCCCGAGGCGCGGAGGCGGUACAACGACGACUUCCUCCCGCUGCUGCACGACGCCAAGGCCGAGGUCAUGGGCGCGCGGGACGCCGAGUGUUACUACCUCGUGUACAUCGGCACCAAGCCGAACGCGCGCAAGAGGGGGUACGCGGGCAAGCUGCUCGACGACAUGAUUGCGCGGGCCGACGCCGAGGGCCGUCCCAUGUAUCUCGAGUCGAGCUCGCCGGACAACAAUGCCUACUACGCCAAGUUUGGCUUUGAAUUCAAGAAGGACAUUUACCUCCAGGGCAGCGGUGCGCCUGUGCCGCUUUCCAUCAUGGUGCGGGAGCCGCAGCUGGUGAAGCAGAAGCCGGUAUACGCUGCCGUCAAGGUCCAGAUGAAUCGCCUGCGCUAG